AACAGUCUGUUCUUUCUUACGCCCUUUGUUCUUGUUCGUAGAGCUUUUCUGCUCUAACGAUCUCAUUUUCCUUCGCUCCAAAAUCACGCUACCAAAAGUCCCCAGAUUCCACCGCGAAUUUCACAAAUUCCGCUGCUUUUAGGGUUGGGCGGCGGAGCGAAUGCCAGCGGAGGGGGGGGGGUUCGGAGCUGAGCUGGCAGCGUAGACGAAGCGAAUCGUAGAGUGAAACAAUGAAGGCGGGAAGCGCCGCGAAGCUUAUCGUCGACGCCCUGCUCCAGCGGUUUCUUCCUCUCGCACGGCGUCGUAUUGAAACUGCUCAAGCUCAGGAUGGGCAGUAUCUCCGACCAUCUGACCCUGCUUAUGAGCAAGUGCUGGAUUCAUUAGCUAUGGUAGCACGGCAUACACCGAUACCUCUUUUAGAAGCUCUUCUAAGAUGGAGAGAAGGUGAAUCCCCAAAAGGCGCAAAUGACGCAUCUACAUUCCAAAGAAAGCUUGCGGUGGAGUGCAUUUUUUGCUCAGCAUGUAUUCGCUUUGUUGAGUGUUGUCCACAAGAGGGACUUACAGAGAAACUUUGGUCUGGGCUUGAAAAUUUUGUGUUUGACUGGCUGAUCAAUGCUGACAGGGUUGUUAGUCAGGUUGAAUAUCCUUCAUUGGUUGACCUGCGAGGACUUCUUCUGGACUUAGUUGCUCAGCUCUUGGGUGCCUUGUCUCGCAUCAGGUUUAGCUCGGUCACUGAGCGCUUUUUCAUGGAACUCAGUAUUCGUCGAAUCGACACUAGUGUUGCCCGAAGUGAAACACUUAGUAUCAUUAAUGGAAUGCGCUACUUGAAACUUGGGGUAAAAACUGAGGGUGGACUGAAUGCAUCUGCUUCCUUUGUGGCAAAAGCAAACCCUCUCAAUCGUGCACCACAUAAACGCAAAAGUGAGCUCCAUCAUGCUCUAUGCAAUAUGCUUUCAAAUAUCCUAGCACCUUUGGCAGAUGGUGGAAAAAGCCAGUGGCCACCUUUAGGUGUAGAUCCUGCACUUACACUCUGGCAUGAAGCUGUUGGGCGGAUAAGAGGACAACUUAUCCAUUGGAUGGAAAAACAAAGCAAACAUAUUGCUGUUGGUUACCCUUUGGUAACUCUUCUUCUCUGUCUUGGCGAUGAUACAUUUUUCAUCCACAACUUAAGCCCUCACAUGGAUCAACUCUACAAGCUUCUUAGAGACAAGACCCAUCGUUUCAUGGCCUUGGACUGUCUUCAUCGAGUUUUGAGGUUUUACUUGAGCGUCCAUGCAUUAGGCCAGUCGCAUAAUCGUACAUGGGAUUACUUGGACAGUGUUACCUCACAACUGUUAACGGUUCUGAAGAAAGGAAUGCUUACUCAGGAUGUCCAACAUGAUAAACUUGUGGAGUUCUGUGUGACUAUAGCAGAACAUAACCUUGAUUUUGCCAUGAACCAUAUGAUACUGGAACUGCUGAAACAAGAUAGUCCUAGUGAAGCAAAGGUUAUUGGUCUCCGUGCUUUGCUCGCCAUUGUAAUGUCACCUUCAAGUCCGCAUGUUGGCCUGGACAUAUUCAAAGGUCAUGAUAUUGGCCAUUAUAUUCCAAAAGUGAAGGCUGCAAUUGAGUCAAUUUUGAGGUCUUGCCAUAGAACCUAUAGUCAGGCUCUUCUGACGUCUUCAAGGACCACCAUAGAUUCUGCAACCAAGGAAAAGUCUCAAGGAUAUCUCUUCCGCUCUGUGCUGAAAUGCAUACCGUAUCUAAUAGAAGAGGUUGGACGGAGUGAUAAAAUCACUGAAAUAAUACCUCAACAUGGGAUAAGCAUUGAUCCUGGUGUUCGCGAGGAAGCUGUGCAGGUACUGAACCGGAUUGUGAGAUACCUUCCCCAUCGUCGCUUUGCAGUGAUGAGAGGGAUGGCGAACUUCGUCCUACGACUUCCUGAUGAAUUCCCACUUCUAAUUCAAACAUCAUUAGGCCGUUUGUUGGAACUCAUGCGUUUUUGGAGAGCAUGUUUAAUUGAUGAUAGACUGGAAUGUGAUUCUCAAGACACAAAACGCGUAGGGCGAAAUGAUGGAUUUAAGAAACCUUCUUUCCAUAUAGCAGGAGAGUUGAUUGAGUUUCGUGCAUCAGAGAUAGAUGCAGUUGGUCUUAUCUUCCUUAGUUCUGUUGACAGCCAGAUUAGACAUACUGCACUGGAGUUAUUGCGGUGUGUACGUGCUUUAAGGAAUGAUAUACGGUACCUUACAAUAUCCGCACAGCCUGAUCAUAGUCUGAAAUAUGAACCUGAACCAAUAUUUAUAAUUGAUGUCUUGGAAGAGCAUGGGGAUGACAUCGUCCAGAGCUGCUAUUGGGAUUCUGGGCGUCCAUCUGAUUUGAGACGAGAAUCUGAUGCAAUCCCUCCUGACGUGACACUUCAGUCUAUAAUAUUUGAGAGCCCUGAUAAGAACAGGUGGGCUCGUUGUCUUAGUGAGCUUGUCAAAUACGCUGCGGAACUUUGCCCAAGAUCUGUCCAUGAAGCAAAGGCAGAGGUAAUGCAACGUCUGGCUCAUGUCACACCUGUUGAGUUGGGUGGGAAGGCUCAUCAGUCACAAGAUGCAGACAGCAAACUGGAGCAGUGGCUCAUGUAUGCAAUGUUCGUAUGUUCAUGUCCACCAAAUAAUAGAGAAGCUGGUAGUAUAGUUGCAACCAAAGAUCUUUACCAUCUAAUUUUUCCGUCUCUAAAAUCUGGAUCUGAGGCACAUAUACAUGCAGCAACAAUGACUCUUGGCCGCUCGCAUUUGGAAGCAUGUGAAAUCAUGUUUACUGAGCUUGCAUCUUUCAUUGAUGAGGUUUCCUCAGAGACAGAGGCAAAGCCAAAGUGGAAGAGUCAAAAAUCUCGCCGGGAGGAGCUUCGUAUCCAUAUUGCAAAUAUAUUUCGUACUGUUGCUGAGAAUGUAUGGCCUGGCAUGCUGGCCCGUAAGCCAGUUUUCCGUCUCCACUAUCUGAAGUUCAUCGAUGAAACAACCAGACAGAUAUUGACAGCACCUGCUGAAAACUUCCAAGAUAUGCAGCCUCUCCGCUUUGCACUUGCUUCUGUUCUAAGAUCACUAGCCCCCGAAUUUGUUGAGUCAAAAUCAGAGAAAUUUGAUGUCAGAACUAGAAAGCGACUGUUUGAUCUUCUUCUCUCCUGGUGUGAUGACACAGGCAGUACCUGGGGCCAAGAAGGUGUUAGUGAUUAUCGACGUGAGGUGGAACGUUAUAAGUCUUCUCAGAAUGCCCGGUCAAAAGAUUCUGUGGACAAAAUAUCAUUUGAUAAAGAACUUAGUGAACAGGUGGAGGCCAUCCAGUGGGCCUCCAUGAAUGCUAUGGCUUCACUCUUAUACGGGCCUUGCUUUGAUGAUAAUGCAAGGAAGAUGAGUGGCCGUGUUAUAUCUUGGAUCAACAGUUUGUUCAUUGAGCCAGCACCUAGGGCUCCAUUUGGGUACUCACCAGCUGACCCAAGAACUCCAUCAUAUUCGAAGUACAAUGGAGAAGGAGGUCGUGGGACUGGUGGUCGUGAUAGGCAUAGGGGUGGUCAUCAUCGUGUUUCUUUAGCAAAACUGGCUUUGAAGAAUCUAUUACAAACAAAUUUGGACCUGUUUCCUGCUUGUAUUGAUCAGUGCUAUUACUCUGAUGCUGCUAUAGCUGAUGGAUACUUCAGUGUGCUGGCUGAGGUCUACAUGCGCCAAGAGAUACCAAAAUGUGAAAUCCAGAGACUUUUGAGUCUAAUUCUCUAUAAGGUUGUAGAUCCAUCAAGACAAAUCCGUGAUGAUGCCCUUCAGAUGCUUGAGACACUUUCUGUUCGCGAGUGGGCUGAGGAUGGCAUUGAGAGCUCAGUGAAUUAUCGGGCUGCUGUUGUGGGUAACCUUCCUGAUUCCUACCAACAGUUUCAAUACAAGCUCUCAUGUAAACUUGCCAAAGAUCAUCCUGAGUUGAGUCAGCUUCUAUGCGAGGAGAUUAUGCAGAGGCAACUUGAUGCUGUUGAUAUAAUUGCACAGCAUCAGGUCUUAACAUGCAUGGCUCCUUGGAUUGAGAACUUAAAUUUCUGGAAACUUAAGGACUCGGGUUGGAGGAGAUUACUAAAAAGUCUUUACUACGUGACAUGGCGGCAUGGUGACCACUUUCCUGAUGAAAUUGAGAAACUUUGGAGUACAAUUGCUAGCAAACCCAGGAACAUUAGUCCUGUUUUAGAUUUCUUGAUCACAAAAGGGAUAGAGGACUGUGAUUCAAAUGCAUCUGCAGAAAUAAGUGGUGCUUUUGCUACAUAUUUCUCUGUUGCAAAGCGAGUAAGUUUAUACUUAGCACGGGUAUGUCCUCAGCGAACAAUUGACCACCUGGUUUACCAGUUAGCUCAGCGCAUGCUGGAGGAUAGCAUAGAUCCAAUUGGGCCAAUUGCAAAUAAGAUUGAUGCUAAUGGAAAUUUUGUGCUAGAAUUCUCUCAAGGGCCUGCAGUUCCCCAAAUUCCGUCACUGGUGGACAUCCAGCCACACAUGUCACCAUUACUUGUCCGGGGCUCCUUUGAUGGUCCAUUAAGGAAUGCAAGUGGGAGCCUCAGCUGGCGAACAGCAGGUGUGACAGGCCGAAGUGUCUCUGGCCCAAUAGGUCCAAUGCCUCCUGAGUUGAACAUUGUUCCUGCAAAUGCGGGCCGUUCAGGUCAGCUCCUUCCAGCACUGGUUAAUAUGUCGGGGCCUUUAAUGGGGGUCAGAAGUUCAACUGGAAGCUUGCGGAGUCGCCAUGUUUCUCGGGACAGUGGAGACUAUCUUAUUGAUACUCCAAACUCGGGUGAAGACGGGUUGCACUCUGGGGUUUCCAUGCAUGGGAUUAGUGCAAAAGAACUUCAGUCGGCCUUGCAGGGCCAUCAACAACAUUCACUGACACAUGCAGAUAUAGCAUUGAUCCUACUCGCAGAAAUUGCAUAUGAAAAUGAUGAAGAUUUUCGCGAGCACUUGCCCCUUCUCUUUCAUGUUACAUUUGUUUCGAUGGAUAGUUCGGAAGACAUUGUGCUGGAACACUGCCAACAUCUGCUCGUUAAUCUUCUAUACUCUCUUGCAGGACGGCACUUGGAACUGUAUGAGGUUGAAAAUAGUGAUGGAGAGAACAAGCAGCAGGUUGUGAGCCUGAUCAAGUAUGUCCAGUCAAAGCGAGGAAGCAUGAUGUGGGAAAAUGAGGACCCCACGGUCGUGAGAUCUGAGCUUCCAAGUGCAGCGUUGUUGUCUGCUCUAGUUCAGAGCAUGGUGGAUGCUAUCUUCUUCCAAGGAGAUCUUCGUGAGACCUGGGGAGCCGAGGCACUGAAAUGGGCCAUGGAGUGCACAUCGAGACACCUAGCCUGCCGCUCACAUCAGAUUUACCGUGCAUUGCGGCCUAGUGUCACAAGCGAUAUGUGUGUGUUGCUCCUUCGGUGCCUUCAAAGGUGCCUAGGAAAUCCAGUACCUCCUGUUUUAGGAUUCAUUAUGGAAAUCCUGUUGACAUUGCAAGUGAUGGUGGAGAACAUGGAACCAGAAAAGGUGAUACUUUACCCCCAACUCUUUUGGGGGUGUGUAGCUAUGAUGCACACAGAUUUUGUUCACGUCUACUGUCAAGUGCUUGAACUAUUCUCACGUGUGAUUGACCGUCUAUCGUUCCGAGACAGAACAACAGAAAAUGUGCUCCUUUCGAGCAUGCCUCGGGAUGAGUUGGAUACCAAUAAUGACAUUGGGGACUUCCAGCGAAUGGAAACCAGGAGUGGCUAUGAGCAGCCUCCAUCUGGUGGAAAUCUGCCGACAUUUGAAGGUGUGCAACCUCUUGUUCUUAAAGGACUCAUGUCAACAGUUAGUCAUGGUGUUUCAAUUGAAGUUCUCUCACGGAUCACAGUGCAUUCAUGUGAUUCUAUAUUUGGAGGUGCUGAGACAAGACUCUUGAUGCACAUCACAGGCCUACUUCCCUGGCUCUGCUUGCAGCUUAGCAAGGAUCCGGUGUUGGGGCCUGCGUCACCGCUGCAACAGCAGUUCCAGAAAGCUUGCUCUGUUGCGGCCAACAUCUCUAUUUGGUGUAGAGCAAAAUCAUUAGAUGAAUUGGCUACUGUAUUUAUGAUUUACUCACGUGGUGAGAUCAAAAGCAUCAACAACCUCCUUGCUUGUGUCUCGCCACUCUUAUGCAAUGCGUGGUUCCCAAAGCACUCAGCUUUGGCUUUCGGGCACUUGUUACGAUUACUGGAGAAAGGGCCAGUUGAGUAUCAGCGUGUGAUACUGCUCAUGCUCAAGGCAUUGCUCCAGCAUACUCCCAUGGAUGCUGCCCAAAGUCCACACAUGUAUGCAAUUGUGUCCCAGUUGGUAGAGAGCACACUGUGCUGGGAGGCACUGAGUGUCCUAGAAGCUCUUCUGCAAAGCUGCAGCUCAGUGCCAGGUUCUCAUCCUCACGAACCUGGGACGUUUGAGAACGGGAUUGGUGGUGGUGAUGACAAAAUGCUAGCUCCUCAGACCUCAUUUAAGGCUCGCAGCGGGCCCCUACAGUAUGGUAUGACAUCUCCAAUUACAACAGGUUCAACGCCAGCGCACGGGAGUGCAACGGAGUCCGGAAUCUCACCUAGAGAAGUGGCUUUGCAAAACACAAGGCUCAUGCUGGGGCGGGUUCUUGCCAGCUGUGCGCUGGGGAAGAGAAGAGAUUACAGAAGGCUGGUACCUUUUGUGACCAGCAUUGGGAACCCCUAACUUACAAGCUGUAUGUUUUCUUCUAUUUCUUUUGUUUUUCAAUGGCAUCGUUAUACACUAGGGGGUAGCCCCUCCCCACAUUGUAGAGGUUCAACCGUCUAUUCGAUUCCCUUAGGAGUUAUAUAUUUGAUGUAUAUUAGUGGAUGAUGCGCGCGGGGCAUUUGAGAAAGUUUUCCAUACAUGAUGAUGCGCCGGUGCAUGGGAAUUUUGUAAAUAGGGUAGUGGUUUGGGAAGCUAAUAGUGUAAUACUUUGCACAGUAAAACGCCUUGUAGAGGCCUUUUCUGUCAAGGAUAUUUUACAUGCACGCUUUUGCCAAUUAUAAUUGUUUGCGUUGCUGCUCUCCAUCUCAAAUGUCAAGUCCCUUGAAUUUAA